AUGUCCCUCAAUGACACUGGCAGUGCUCUUGAUUCUGAGCUCCCCCUUCCAGUCACCUAUAUCGUCUCAUCAUUCUUGUCAGUCGCCAUCUAUAAUGUAGUCGAGCUAACAUUUACUCUUUUUUUAACUUUCAAACGACGAAACGGCCUCUAUUUCUGGAGCUUCCUCGUGGCAACAUGGGGAAUUGCUAUCUACUCCAUCGGGUUCAUUCUCAAGGAUUUCAACCUUGCAAAGUCUAUCUCAUAUUUUUACGUUACAUUAAUAAUCGCUGGUUGGUGUAUGAUGGUAACAGGCCAGUCAAUGGUCCUGUACUCUCGUCUUCAUUUGAUCGUGCAUAGUCACAUCAUCCUCUGGUUGGUUCUAGGCAUGAUUAUCAUCGAUGCGAUCAUGCUGCAUAUUCCGACUAUAAUCCUCUGCUACGGAUCUAACUCUCCUCUCUUCGUCCGUUUCUCUGUACCAUACGCGGUAUACGAAAGAGUUCAAGUUUCAAUAUUCUUUGUUCAAGAGGUCAUCAUUUCGGGUCUCUACGUGUAUGAGACAAACAAAAUGCUUCAUAUCGAGGAACCCAUCAGCGAAAUACACGACAACGCCGGCAAGAGACUUCUUCUACAUCUUGUAUUCAUUAGCAUCACAGUGGUAGUGCUGGACAUCUGCAUCUUGGUACUCGAGUUUGCGGGCAGAUACGCGUCGCAAACAGCAGUCAAAGGAUUCAUAUACAGUGUGAAAUUGAAGCUGGAAUUCAAUAUUCUGAACCGAUUGGUUGAGUUUGUGCAGAGGCCGAGCAACCCAAAUUCAGACUUGAUUUAUGGGAGUGGUUCUCGACACUAUUUGAACACGCGGCAGGAAGAGCAAGACACCAAUGGAGUUCGUCAUAAUCGGUGCCGUUAUUCGUUGGUUCUUUUCGGCCGCAAGGUUCAGCAUGAGCUUGGCAUCUCUGCUGAGAAAUAUGUGUGGAGGGUUCUUCACAUUACGCAGAGGAGGGGUGUUGUCCAAGAAUGUGUGGAUUCGGGCUCCAUUAUGGAGCCAGAAACAAUGAUUCCAAAUCUGGGUAAUCAGCCAGCCGAUGAUUACAGGCUUCGAGGUCAAGCUGCUGAAUGA